AUGUAUUGAAAAAUUUCUUGAUGACCGUGUGUGUUUCGGUCGACCACGAGGUGGUUUUGUGUGUGUAGUGAAAAUAAAUUUUUCAUAUUAAUUCAGUUUUAAUAAAUAAUAAUAAAUAAAUUAAUAACUAUCAUUAUUUUGUAUUUAUACAAAAAUGCCCUCUAGCAAUCCAUUGCCACCAAAAGAAAAUGCGUUAUUUAAACGAAUUCUCAGAUGUUACGAGCACAAGCAGUAUAAAAAUGGACUGAAAUUCGCAAAACAAAUACUGUCGAAUCCAAAAUUUAGCGAACAUGGAGAAACGCUGGCGAUGAAAGGCUUAACGCUCAAUUGCUUGGGCAGAAAAGAAGAAGCUUAUGAUCAUGUACGACGUGGGUUGAGAAACGAUUUACAGUCUCACGUUUGCUGGCAUGUUUACGGUCUAUUACAGAGAUCUGAUAAAAAGUAUGAUGAAGCUAUCAAGGCUUACAGGAACGCUCUCAAGUGGGACAAGGAUAAUAUUCAGAUUCUUAGGGAUUUGUCACUAUUACAAAUACAAAUGAGAGAUUUAGACGGCUACAAGGAUACGAGAUAUCAGUUGUUUAUGUUAAGGCCCACCCAAAGAGCAUCAUGGAUUGGAUUUGCAAUAUCAUAUCACUUAUUAAAAGACUACGAGACGGCUUUAAAAAUUCUCGAUACCUUCCGCGAUUCGCCUAUGAUCUGUUACGACUACGAGCACAGUGAAUUACUGCUGUACCAAAACUUGGUUAUACAAGAAUCUGGAGACAGUGAACAAGCAUUAAAGCAUCUCGAUAAAUACAGCGAUAAAAUAUGUGACAAAAUAACCGUUAAAGAGACUUACGGGAAACUGCGCCUUGAAUUACGGCAGUACGAGGAGGCCGUUCAAGUCUACAAAGAUCUUCUCAACAUAAACCCCGAGAACACAACGUAUUACGGAAAGCUCGCUGAAGCUGAGCGGCAUUCGUCGCCUGAAGAUACACUUAAAAUGCUCCAAAGAUAUGAAGAAUUAUAUCCUCGUGCACUGGCACCUCGUCGUCUUCAACUCAAUUACGCAACUGGUGAACAAUUCAAAAUAUUAGUCGAUAAAUAUUUACGCAGAGGUUUACAUAAAGGUGUACCACCAUUAUUUGUUAAUUUACGUUCGCUUUAUACCGAACAAUCUAAAAUUGAUGUCAUACAGUCACUGGUACUUGAAUACAAAGAAGCAUUAACAAAACACGGUCAUUUUAGUGAUACUGAAAAAGAUAAUCCACGUGAACCAGCAUCAGCAUUGCUCUGGACUUGUUACUAUUUAGCUCAGCAUUAUGAUUAUCUCGGUAUGACUGAAAAGGCAUUUGAAGAAAUAAAUGCUGCAUUGUCUCAUACACCAACACUCAUUGAACUUUUUGUUACCAAAGGACGUAUAUAUAAGCACGGUGGAAAUGUUCAAGAUGCCUACAAAUGGCUGGAUGAAGCACAAGGUUUAGAUACUGCUGACCGUUACAUAAAUUCUAAAUGUGCCAAGUACAUGCUGCGUGCUAAUCUCGUUAAAGAAGCUGAAGAAACUUGUAGUAAGUUUACACGCGAAGGUGUACCGCCGAUGGAAAAUCUUAAUGAAAUGCAAUGCAUGUGGAUACAGACGGAAGCUGCACGCGCUUAUCAGCGUUUAGGAAAAUACGGGGAGGCAUUAAAAAAAUGCCACGAAGUCGAUCGUCAUUUUUCUGAAAUAAUUGAGGAUCAGUUUGAUUUCCAUACCUACUGCAUGCGUAAAAUGACUCUGAGAUCAUACGUCGGAUUACUCAGGCUAGAAGACAUUUUGCGCUCCCAUCCGUUUUACUUCAAAGCUGCCAAGUGUGCAAUGGAUGUUUAUCUACGGCUUCAUGAUAAUCCUUUACCUGAUCCCACUCAAAUACAAGAGAUUGAUACUGAAAAUUUGGCGCCGUCAGAAUUAAAAAAACUGAGAAAUAAACAACGGAAGCAACGCAGAAAGGCUGAACUUGAACGACAGCAAGCUGCUCAAGCUCAAGAAAAACGUGAGCAACACAAUAAAUCACGUCAACAAGCUGAUGCUGAUUUUGAACAACCGACACUAGAUGAAUUAAUUCCUGAAAAACUUGAACGAGUUGAAGAUCCACUGGAACAAGCCAUUAAAUUUUUACAGCCACUGCAAAAUUUAGCUGCUGAUCGUAUCGAGACUCAUCUCAUGGCAUUCGAGAUCUACAUUCGUAAAGGUAAAAUUUUGUUAAUGUUACAAUCAAUAAAACGUGCCUACCGUCUAGAUGCAAACAACCCCGAGCUCCAUUCAUGCCUGGUACGAUUUUUAAAAUUAACUUCAACAAACCAACAGCAGCAACUUGAAGUCCCAGUUGCUGAAGUUGUUAAGCGACAAACGAGUGAAAUAUUUUCUACCACCGACCCGGUUAAAUUUAAUUCGGAUUUCUUGGACAAAAAUAUAAAUUCAUUGCCGCACUUAUUGCAAGCCGGACGUAUGAUGUACUUUUUAGAUCAAAGUGCUCAGGAAAAAGCACUUUCGCUUGUUAUCAAUUGCUGUGAUGAUGAGAAUGAAAAUAAAAAAGGUGGAUUAGUUGGUGUAAAUUUAAAUAAUUGUACAAGGAUAUUAGAAGCACUGCGUAACAAUGAUUUCGGUCCGUGUGAUGAGGCAAUAGAUAAAUAUAUAGCUAAAUGUCACAUACGUUUUCCAUAUGCUGAGGCAUUUAGACCACCGGAGAUAAAUAAAAUAACAAUGGGAGGAGCUGAAAUAACAACAACUCCGAGUGCUAAUACCGCAGUUAUUAAUUCAGCUGCUACAGUAAAUAUGAAUCGUCAGGUAUCAUUAUCAUCUGUGGGUAAAGAUAAUAAAUCAACAGCUAAAACAGCAACAAUUUAAAAUAAAUAUUAAUUGUGAUCAAAUCCAAAAUAUGACAGAAAGCUCAUUUGCGCACGUACAUUAUUAGCGAUUUAUAAUGUGUAAUUGUGUUGUUUGUGAUUAAAUAGAAUGAUAUGAGAUUGGUCAGAAAAAAAACACAUGAAAAUAAUAAUUAAUUAAUUAAUUAAUUAAUACUACCGAUUAAUAAAUUAUGUCAAGAGAUAAUUUUUAAUUUUUUCGAAUACAAUGAUAAUUGAUGCGCGAAUUAAAAUAAUUGAAGUAAUAACAACAUAAACAAUAACACGAAACGAAUAAAAAUAUGUGAGCAAACAAUUAUAAGUUCGUAAUAAAGAUCAAUGAAUUAAAAAUACA